UUCAAAUCUGCUGAGCAUUGGGAUGACGUGUUCAGAGGGUUGAGUCGCAAAUACGGUCAGGUAUUCACCGUUUGGUUCGCAAACACACCUCUUGUGGUCAUUACGGACAUAGAUAUAGCGCGGGAGGCAUUUCAUAAGAGAAGUCUCACCGGACGACCAAGCUCAUAUUUCGCCAAACAAUUGUCAAAUGAUAAUCAUCGAGAGGUGGUCUUUAGUGACGGACACGAGUGGGAAGCAAUCAGACGGACCACACAACCGGCCAUUCAGUACUGUUAACACAACCCGAUCUAAAAGGUUAUAAACUCUGAAUUAUGGCUUUAUGUAUAUAUAUUAGGUGAAACAGAAAGUCCGUGGAACAAUUCAUUUUAAUAUAUCU